AGAGACGAGAAGAGAGGAGGGGAGGCCUCCUCCGUCGCCGCCAUUUUGAACCGGGCCCGGUCAGCUUCCGCGGAGCCAUCGGCAGACGCCGCGGCCUCCCUUGAGCCCCGACCCCGUCGUCAGACAACCCCGGGUCCACUCCCCCACCCCACUUCCGCUUCGCGCCGCUAUCGCGAUAGCGCCCAGGCCCGGGACGCGAGAAAAAGGCGGCAGGCGCUCGCCUCCCCCGCCUGUCGCGAUACGCUCCUCAGCGCCGGCGCCAACUCCUGUGCGUCGGUCUCCAGGGGAGUAUGAAGAGAGCGCGCCUGUAGGGCAGGAAGAUGGCGGACAAGCGCAAACUCCAAGGUGAGAUUGACCGCUGCCUCAAGAAGGUGUCCGAGGGCGUGGAGCAGUUUGAGGACAUUUGGCAGAAGCUCCACAAUGCGGCCAACGCGAACCAGAAAGAAAAGUAUGAGGCCGACCUAAAGAAGGAGAUUAAGAAGCUACAACGGCUGAGGGACCAGAUCAAGACAUGGGUAGCGUCCAACGAGAUUAAAGACAAGAGGCAGCUCAUAGAUAACCGCAAGCUCAUUGAAACGCAAAUGGAACGGUUCAAGGUGGUGGAACGAGAGACCAAAACCAAAGCCUACAGCAAGGAAGGCCUGGGCCUGGCCCAGAAGGUGGACCCUGCCCAGAAGGAGAAAGAGGAGGUCGGCCAGUGGCUCACGAACACCAUCGACACCCUGAACAUGCAGGUGGACCAGUUUGAGAGUGAGGUGGAGUCACUGUCGGUGCAGACACGCAAGAAGAAGGGUGACAAGGAUAAGCAGGACCGGAUCGAGGGCCUGAAGCGGCACAUCGAGAAGCACCGCUACCACGUGCGCAUGCUGGAGACCAUCCUGCGGAUGCUGGACAACGACUCCAUCAUGGUGGACGCCAUCCGCAAGAUCAAGGACGAUGUGGAGUACUACGUCGACUCCUCCCAGUACCCCGACUUCGAGGAAAACGAGUUCCUCUACGAUGACCUGGACCUCGAGGACAUUCCACAGGCGCUGGUCGCCACGUCGCCCCCCAGCCACAGCCACAUGGAGGAUGAGGUCUUCAACCAGUCGAGCAGCACACCUACCUCGACCACCUCUAGCUCGCCCAUCCCCCCCAGCCCGGCCAACUGCACCACGGAAAACUCCGAGGAUGACAAGAAGAGGGGCCGGUCGACGGAUAGCGAGGUCAGCCAGUCUCCAGCCAAAAACGGCUCCAAGCCCAUCCACAGCACCCAGCAUUCUCAGUCCCCGGCUGUGCCACCCAGCUACUCCUCCGGCCCCCCGCCUGCCACCUCCACCCUGAACUCCGCUCCUGGCAACAACGGGGGCUCCGCCCCAGCAGCACCCCCGAGUGCCCUGGGUCCCAAGGCCAGUCCUGCUCCCAGCCACAACUCGGGCACCCCUGCCCCCUAUGCCCAGGCCGUGGCCCCGCCAGCCCCCAGUGGGCCCAGCUCGGCCCAGCCCCGGCCCCCCAGCGUCCAGCCUGGCGGGAGCAGCGGCGGAGGAGGGGGCAGCGGCGGCGGCAACAACAGCAGCAGCGGAGGCGGAGGUGCUGGCAAGCAGAACGGCGCCACCAGUUACAGCUCCGUGGUGGCCGACAGCCCUGCCGAGGCUGCUCUGAGCAGCAGUGGGGGCAGCAGCACCAACAGCCAGGCUCUGGGCGCCCCGUCUGGCCCCCACAACCCACCUCCCAGCACCUCAAAGGACCCCAGUGCGGCAGCUCCAGCAGGGGCUGGGGGUGUGGCCCCAGGCUCAGGGAACAAUGCCGGGGGCCCCAGCCUCCUGGUACCAUUGCCUGUGAACCCCCCAAGUUCCCCAACACCCAGCUUCAGUGAAGCCAAGGCCACGGGGGCCCUGCUCAACGGGCCCCCACAGUUCAGCAGCACCCCGGAGAUCAAGGCACCCGAGCCUCUGAGCUCUCUCAAGUCCAUGGCGGAGCGGGCAGCCAUCAGCUCCGGCAUCGAGGACCCUGUGCCAACACUGCACCUGACGGAGCGAGACAUCAUCCUGAGCAGCUCAUCCGCACCCCCAGUCUCCAGCCAGCCCCCUCUGCAGCUGUCGGAGGUGAACAUCCCACUGUCCCUGGGCGUAUGCCCACUGGGGCCUGUGCCCCUCACCAAGGAGCAGCUGUACCAGCAGGCCAUGGAGGAGGCCGCCUGGCACCACAUGCCUCAUCCCUCGGACUCGGAACGCAUCCGGCAGUACCUCCCCCGGAAUCCCUGUCCGACACCCCCCUACCACCACCAGAUGCCACCUCCGCACUCGGACACUGUGGAGUUCUACCAGCGCUUGUCGACGGAGACGCUCUUCUUCAUCUUCUACUAUCUGGAGGGCACCAAGGCACAGUAUCUAGCAGCCAAGGCCCUGAAGAAGCAAUCCUGGAGAUUCCACACCAAGUACAUGAUGUGGUUCCAGCGGCAUGAGGAGCCCAAGACCAUCACCGAUGAGUUCGAGCAGGGCACCUACAUCUACUUUGACUACGAGAAGUGGGGUCAGCGGAAGAAAGAAGGCUUCACAUUCGAGUACCGUUACCUGGAGGACCGGGACCUCCAGUGACGCCGGCCCCCACCUCCCUCCACCCACCCCUGCCCCGCAUGCUGACCCCCUGCCCUGAAAGACUGGGGGUAGCCCCCUCCCCCAGGAAGCAGGGAGGGGGCAGGAGGUCGUUUCUUCCUCUCAGCUCCAUCCUGGGGGCGAGGGUUGCCCCCUCCUCCCCUCCCCAGUGAGGGACAUUUUUUGGUAAACCUAUUUUCAUUUUGGAAAAUAUUUAUGAAUAAAUAGUUUUAUAUGAUGCUGGCAGCAGAGGCUACUCCUGUA